UAUAUAUAUUUUGUCAAUCGUUAAGUCGGCGCUCUAUUCAGCAAUGAAGCUAAUAUAUCAUGCUUUUCAUCAUCAUCAUUAUUAUUAAUUAGGGUGCUCAUGAAAGAAACAUACAUGUGGCCGCAGAUCGAUACAACAAUUUUGUUUAAACUUGCAGUCUUUCCUCUGAAGUUAUAUAUUUGAAUGGCUGAAGAUCAACUGAAAAAGCGUUCCAACUUAAGCAAUGUCAUCCAUCAUAAUCCCUGGGCGGUGCAGAAAGCCAAAAAGAAGAAAGUUUAUCAUUAUGAUUUAGAUACAAAAUCAACUAUAGCUCUUGAGUGGGAUAACAAGAAGGAACAUGUUGUUCCUAAGAAGGAGCAAAUAGGUAUUGCAUACAGAGAGUUGAUCCAGUUUCUUCCUUUUGAUGCAAAGAACGAAAAUAUCUUGGGUGACGUAUUUGCGGCUCCUCCUGAAUUAUUUGAACUGAAUAACUUGACUGGUUUGCUGUCUUAUGAGGUCUGGCAAACUCAUCUAUCAGAACAAGAAAGAGAGUUUUUGACCCAAUUUCUUCCUGAAGGGGCUGAUUUGCAUAAAAUCGUUCAUGGCUUGUUAGCUGGAAAUAAUUUCUGCUUCGGAAAUCCAUUCGCAAAAUGGGGUGCUUCAGUUUGUUCAGGUGAUUGUCAUCCUGAUGCUGUUCGCCGUCAAGAACAGUGUAACAAGGCUAACAAAAUAGCAUAUUAUUCAGAAUUGCAUGAGCAUCAUACUAAAAUGAUACGGAGUUUGCAAUUGUGGAAGGAAGCUUGGGCAAGCUGUGAGAAUGAAGAAGAUGAAUUUAUGCAAAAGAUACUAAGUAGGUCCAGAAAAGAUGUUCACAGAAGUGGGUCUUCACUAGAGAACGGCGCACGAUAUGGACCUCAAGAUGAUCUGGGUGCAACAUCUGGAUCUUGUUCAUGGGACGCCGAUGAUAAAUUAUAUAGUAGUGAUAGCCCAGAUUUAGCAAUGAAUGGGGAAACUUUAAAUAGGGUUUCCAGAAUGGACCCUGGAAACACAUAUCACGACUAUUCAGGUGGAUCAAGAUCAGUAGCAAGACCUAGUAAAGGAGACAAAUCACGCAAGCUUAGUACAGAAUGUGAUGAUGGAGCCAAAUAUAUGUCGUAUAUCAAGGUCAGCAAGGAGCAGCAUGAACGGGUCAAGAGCAGUAUGAAAUACUCUAACACAAGUGUCCAGCCGACGUCUCUGAAUCAUGUUUUAGGAAAUCUUGAUAGUUUCUGUGUUCAACCAUACAAAGUGUUUGAGGAAGAGGAGACACAGAAGCUGCAUGAACACUGGUUGCUUUUGGCAAAGAAAGAUCUCCCUCUAGGUUUUGAAAAUUGGAAAAAUUGGCAAUCUGCCAAAUGGCAACUAGCAAAGUGUAUAAUGAAGGAAAUGGAAGAUAAAAGGAAGUCAAAUGAUAGAUCAGUUUUGGAUUUGUCUAGUCAAAAUCAGGAUAAAGAAAGUCAAGUCUUGUUACUUCAUGGUCCUGAGAAUGCAACCUUAGACAACACGCAUUUAAAUCCAAUAGAAGUGGAGAUAGAAGGAAACCGUGGUUUAACGUUCCGAUCAGAGUUAGAUCUGAAAGUAGAAACUCAUGAAAAUGCUUUGGAAGUUGAACAUAAAGAUGAUGGUAGUCAAUAUUCUACUCAGAAUCAGCAUCUGGUCCAAAUUUCUAUGCAUAAUGAUAGCCAAAACUUCUCCCCAAUGGCAAUGGAUGCCAAUAGUAAUGUUUUGGCCGAUUCAUGUGCUUUCCCCUGUAGUCUAGCUGAAUAUACCAGAAAUACUAUUCAUGCAGAGGCUCCUGUUGCUGAGCAAUUUCCUCUUGCAUCUGCUGCAACAGAAAUAUGGCCCUCAGCGAGCCUACCAUCAAGUGUGUACUGUCAUCAACCGACACCUGUAAGCUGUGGAUACACAUCUGUCAGUGAAUUUUUACUUGGGAACGGCCAAUCAAGUUUUCCUCACAGACCAUCCGAAGGUAAAGAUUCUUUCUUUUAUCCGCAUGCUAAUCAAGAUCGUAACGAAUUACUACUGCAUUCACUUUAUAAAGAUCCAUGGAGUUCUCAUUAUAUUCAUGAACAAAAGCUUUCUUCUGGGCUCGGUUUUCAUCCAGCUGCGAGUGAUGCAAUGCUGGCACCCAGUCUGUUUGCUAGGAAUAUAUGUUCAUCACUGCCAUUGCAUCAGAACAUUCAAGAACAUAUAUUCACAGAUGGAGGGGCCCGGUUUUCGGUUCCAAGACAAGAACAGUUGCUGCCACUAAAUCAUGCUCAAGAUUGGACGGAGAAUAAUGCCGUUAGCCAUCCAAUGCCGGCAUCAUCCCAUAAUCGAUUAAACCAAAAUUGGUUUUCUAAUGAGGAGGUGGUACGUGAUAGGUGGACUGGCGGUGUACAAAAUCAGGACAUUGGGAAUGCCUGCCAGGUGGCGGAUGAGAGUUUAUUAAGCGUUUUAUCUCAUUUUAAUGGCCAACGCUCAGUUGCCUCAUAUGGUUCACCCGGGUUUAUUCAGUCUGGGAACAAUGCUGGAGUGGGGCAUGGAGCAAUUCAUCCGUCGACAGCAAAUGGUAUGCUGCCCAGGGCCGCCAGAGGUUUGAAUCUUAACUACAUGAGUGGCAAUGAAGUUCAUUCUGCAACAAGAUGGGUAAACUUGCCAGGAGGAUUACAGGAAACUGGGGAGAAAUCUUUUCCAUGGUUAUGGAAUAAUAAAGAGUUAGGAUGAUGAUGAAUGUGAUAUUGUAGUCGCUUAGAUGGCAAGGAUUAGGCGCAGGCGUUGGAAAUAUCAACAGGGUAGACUGAUAGGUAUAGAUGGAUAUAUGAAUAUAUAGUCAGUUUAUUUGGCUAUGGUUAAAUCUUUUGCAAGAGUAAUAACGUUGGAGUGUUUUUGUUCCUUUUUGGUUUUGUUUUCAUUUUCCGUUAACGCAAAGGGUAAUGUGAAGAUGCAUCCUGAUAAUGAAAUUGAAGGUGCAGAAAAGAUAUAGAACAAGUUCUACUUGAAUUUUAGCUUUAGGUCGUUUAAACAUUCUUUAAAAUUAUUGUUUGCGACACUGGCAAACAAUGCCUUUGUAAAUAUUUCUAUAUAGCCGAAACGGGCAUUUUUGAUUAA